UCAGGUCAGUCCAGGACUACUUACUCCAGUAUAAAACUGAGAGCAGAAAUAUGAUCACAUACUAAGAAGUCUAAUCAAUUCUGGUUUCAACACUGAGCCUAUUUAAAAUAAAUAAUGGAAUUGCUGUUCCUUGUUCUGUUAUCUCUGCACAUUCUCAAGACAGAGGCAGUAGUUGGAGGCCACUGGUGCUAUCGGUCACAGAAGCAAGAAGAGCCACAAUGUGAAGAUCCUCGACAUUGGUAUGAAACAGACAUGGCCUGCAAUGGAAACAAACAGUCACCUAUCAAUAUUGUCACCAAAAAUGCUGUUUAUGACAAGAACCUUAAGCCACUGAAUUUUGAAGGAUAUGAUGUGAAGGGAUCUUCAAAAUGGAACAUAGAAAAUAAUGGACAUACAGUUAAAGUAACAUUUGGCACAUUCCCUAAAAUUGGAGGCGGAGGUCUGAGAAGAAAAUACAAGGCAAUAGAAUUUCAUUUACACUGGGGAGUCCAAGAUGUGCACCAAUACCUUCCUGGGUCAGAGCACAGCAUAGAUGGAGAAAAGCAAGCCAUGGAGCUUCAUAUUGUUCACAUAAGAGAAGAUGUCUCAGAUAUAGCAGAAGCGAAGGAAGUUCCAGAUGGUGUGGCUGUGUUAGCAUUCUUUAUAAAGGCUGAAGAAGAAAAUAAAAACUAUGUCACUCUGGUAAAUGAGCUGCAGAAUGUCAGAUACAAAGGGCAAAAAGCUCAGAUGGAGCCUUUGGCGCUGAGUUCUCUUCUCCCACCUGAGGAAAAACUUAAAAUGUACUAUCGGUAUGAGGGGUCCCUCACCACUCCCGACUGCCACGAAGGUGUCAUCUGGACAGUGUUUGAGACGCCAGUGGAGCUCAGUAGUUUUCAGAUUUCCCAGUUCUCAAUAGUCCACUUUAAGGGGAAGAACUCAACUAACAUGGUUGAAAAUUUCCGGCCUGCCCAGUUUCUGAACGAACGCCAGGUGUACCGGUCCAGUGCCAGCAUCCUCCUGCCUCCUGUUCAUUUAAUGCUGCUCCUUGCGCUUACGUACAUCCUGAGUUCUUUUUCCCAAUGAACACUUCUCAUCUCAUUCAAGGUUCUGAGAUUUUUGGAGGUGUUUUGCUGUUGGUGUUGUUGGUUCUUUGUAUCAAGUAGUCUCUCUAAAUACCAACUCAUGAAUCAUAUCUCAAUACAGAAUUUAACCUUGUUCUCCUCCAGACACUAACCAGGGAUUCCUGUUGCUGCUCGUAUUUAAGAUGAAAGCCAUUCACUAAAUCACAAGAAUUCAAAGAAACCAUAAGAUAAAACCACAAAGAUUCAAAUUAGUAAAAAAACCACCCCCAACACUUCAAGAAAACAUUAGGCUGGAUUAUCUGCAAGCCUGUGAUUUUAACACAACACUUGGAAGGCCACUUCUGCAAGAGGACCUUCAAGAGGAGUCUGUUUUCAAGUGCCUAUGAAGGGUUUUAUUUGGAGUAUGUUUACAUGCAACACUACAAAUCAGGAAGAAAGUAGCACAUGAAGUAAUCCUUGUCAUCCUUGCAUUGUCCCACAUGAAGGUACAAUACAGAGCAAAGAAAAACUGCUCCCAUGCAAUUGAACAACAUCAUUCUAUCUGGUGAAGGAUAUGUGACAAAUUUCUUCUGUGUUAACACGAUUUUGAACCCUUCUUCCUUCAGCAUAUCUAAAGUUAUUUUUAGAAUAAGGCUACUGGAUUGCUUUCAUCUAAUCUACUGAUUGUGGAUUCUCUGUUUUCUCUAUAAAAGUUUCUCUAUUAAGCCUAUUUAUUUAUCCUAGUAUGGAAUCCUCCUCUGGGAUGCCCAUGGCUGAGAUGAUGUGCUAGAAAGAAAAAAAGGAAGCUCAACCACACGUACCAGUUGCACAUCUGUGAAAAUCCCUCUCUUUGGAGGGCUGUGUUUGAAGCAUGAGACUUUGAUGAUUCUUUACCAUUUUCAUCUGCCUGAUAAAAUGGGACAGCUCAAGAAAUGGCUCUUUCAAGUGUAACAUUUUAGGAGUUCCUAAAUGUCAGUUGGAACAUGUCAGUGUGAGCGUUUCCUUUUGGGGUUUUGGGGUUUUUUUUAAAUUAUAAUAUACCUGCAAUAUUCACCUAUGGUUAAGGUUCACAGUUUUUACAAGAAUUGGAAAAUUGUGAUUGGAAUUGAUUUCUUCAGCUCUUACCACGUUACUGAGAGAAUAGGUCAAUAUACUGGGAAAUGUGAUUUUCUUACAUUAUUCCAUUUCUCUGUCUGAAGACAAACACAACAGUUUUCUUUUGAUAAUGCCAUAUAAUAUGUUACAGCUUCUUUUAGAAUUGUCGAUUUGGGCCACACCAAAAUAGGAUUUCAUAGUAGCAGACUUGUAUUUUUUGCUUUAGGGCAACGUUUGCAGAGAGGACUUCAUGCUACAGCUAAAUGGCCAUUUUCAGGAAAUUCAUGGCAGUCAGACUAACCACAGCUCUCGAAAGGAGAAAGAGCAGGAGAGCAAAUGAUUUUAAUAUUUAAGAAUUAAUAAUAUAAGUUUAAAAAAAACACAUGGGAAAGUAAAUUCACCUUUUUUAAGUUUAGUGGAAUGUUUCAGACUUUAACUGAGUUAUUAGCCGACUGAAAAACUUCUGAGAAGGAAACAGAAAUGAAAGAUUAAAGUUGAGCAGAGACCUAUAUUUUCACUGCCUUGAGGUUUUAUUUCUUUUGUCCUUGCUGAAGGUGAAUCCACACAACACUCAUUCAGAAAAGGAAUGUGACCUUUUUUCCCUAUUCUCAAUGUUUAGGGUUAGUUUUGCAUUUUGGGUGUGAGAGGGGUGGAGAAGGAAGGGAUUUGGAAUAUACUGGGAAAUGUCUGAUGUCAGCAGGUAUCUGGAGAUUUUACUUCACAUGAGUAACCUGCCCCUAGUCAGAUGAUUAUGAUGACAUAGUCAGCUGGUGCACUGACCCAGUCCAUUGGGCAGAGGACAGGCAGGUUUCUUACCAUAAAGGAAAAGGUACCAUGGGUUCAGCCAGUGUAACUUCACCUCUGUACAAAUACUGGACUAGUUUGUCAAUCAGGAUAAACGGUUGCAUACUUACCUGUUGAAUAUUUUUGUGUUAGCUAUUUCCAUUACAUUCAACGAGCAGAGAAUGCAUCAAGAAAUUAAGAGGAAAGACGCUUUGUUUCCAGACUGUUUUACAAGAUGCAAUAAACAGAAUUUUUCUGAAA